AUGCUUCCUUACUCACAAACGAGUACACUCGCGGCUUGCCAUUUCGGCAAGCCUGAGGGGCAGGAGGAAGGAAUGGCCAAGCUUGCGGAGGCAACCUUGUCCAAGCUCGGCCGUGGCAUGGCGAAGCGGUUCGGGAGGUGUGGCUGGUUUGGCGAGCACUUGUUUUCUUCUGAUUUGAUCGACCAGCAGGUAGCGUGCGGUGCUACUACCGCCGCUGGGACUCUCUUGUACUCCGACCAAGACCUACCGCAGCGCAAUGGCCGCAUCGGCCGUCAUCGGAGCGCGUCGCGCCACGUUCUCCACUUCGGGGCUUCUCCCGGUGCUCCCGCGCCCGACCCGUGUGCUGUGCUGGCGGCGGAAGUAAAGCGCACUGGCGUUGAGAAACUGGGGCUUGGAUUCGCGGCCCCUUCUCUCUUCAGGGCGUGCUACUCCACGUUCCUGUUCAGGAAGGAGUGCGACGUGCAGGACCUGCUGUCCAUCGCGAACGCGUUUGACAAUCACUACGUGUACAAGCACAUCGCGCUGGACUCGCCCGACCAGACCAACCUGCCCAGCAGCAUCGAUAUCGUCGCGGAGCUGAGAAAGGUCGUGGCGAACGGCGAGAAGGGCAAGUACGCGCGGCUGGUGGACGCGCACAUGGCGGCGCGGCAGGCGACCUUGGCGCUCAACGACGGGCACACCAUGUUCGACCCGGGUUGCUUCGCUGGCUCCUUCGACUUGCCGUUGCCGCUCGUGGCCGUCGUCGAAAAUGGGCAGCAGAUCAUUCGCGUUGCGCCACGUCGAUAUGUCCCCAAAGGGUUGGACAGUGUUGCGAAGGCUCUGCAUGGUUUUGACUUCACCCUUUAUGAGGGCCGACAGGUGGUGGCUAUUAACGGGGACAAAGCGGAAGAUUUCAUCCGGCAUUGGGCGGACAAGGAAGUGGGCUUCACUCGCAACCUCGCAGCGCGGUUCACGAGGUCCUUUGCGCGGAAUGUAGCGGCCGCUUCGCCCAACGGGCCCAUGAUCCACCAGGUGCCAGGCGACUUCGCCAAGCGAACCGUUGCUCCCGACAACGACACCUUACUGGUGUCCUUCCUUACCCCGGAUGGAGGGACAACAGAGGACGUACAGGUGCCGUGGAUUGGGAUAGCUAAGCUUGCAGACUUCGCGAAUGCCAUGGGGUAUUGGAAGACUCACUGUGCCGUACCGAGUCCAUCAGCUGCUGCUGCUGCCGGCACCGGUAUACCUAGUGGGGGACAACACGGCUGUGGUGUGGCUGCACGGGUUCAUUCCCCUCCUCGAGCAGAGGACAUCCAGCGCAUCGCAGAUCAUCAUAGACGUGCGCGGCAAGGCAACGGGGGAGGCUACGUGCAGGCAGCAUACAAGGCCAUCCGCCUGCUCAUGGGGGCAGCCAAGGUGCCCGACUCUCAGAUCGCACUGCCCAUGGACUUCGUCAUCGGUACGCAGUACACCGAGAACGUGAUCGGCGUGCUGGCCGUCGACAACACCACGGCGCCGCACUACUACCUCGGAGUUUACUCCGAUCUCAACGGGACGGAACUCGCAAGCGCCUUUGACUACGCGCCGUUCCGCCAGCUGCGCUUCACAGCGGCCGGCCGGGCUGGGACCUACUCGGCGCUGUUCAAGUUUGACCACAGGGGGCAGCUGCCCGUGAAGGAGGAGCAGCCGGUGCUUGGCGAGCGCCCCUUCCUGGUGCUGUCGGACGGAGACUGCUUCUCCGCCUGCGCCGUUCUCACGCACGUCCUGGGGAAACGCCACAAAGUGCCCAUGGUAACCGUGGGUGGUUUGCCCAACCAGCCCCCUGAUGUGAGCUCGUCGUGCCUGGGGUUCACCCUGACUGACUUCUACGCUGUAGCACACGGGCUCGACAAGCUUGCAGCCAUGCAGCCACAGCAGGCGUCGCUGCCUCUCAAGGUGCAAGGGGCCGUUAGAAUGGCGUUCACCAACGCGUAUGUGGAUUCGGAGAUUCCGUGUGAGUUUGAGUUCCUGCCCAGCCAGCACCACGUCAACUACACCGUUGAUCUGAUUGACAAGCCCUGGGCCAUGUGGAACGAGGCGUCUCAACAGCUGUCGUCGCCACCACCGAUGCUGCAGGAGCUGUUGCUCGCUGCGAGUAUUGGAAGCGCGUUUAGUCGGCCAUCCAAGGGGCUGGCUGCCAUUCCGUCCGUGCCUCACGCCAUGGUUCCGGGCGCAGCAGAGGGGGUGGCGAGCAGGGCUAAGCAGAGGGGCAUGGGGCAGGCAGAGCGAAAGGAAGGAAGCUACACCUUACAUUACAUCGCUCUACUCACAUCCCCCGCUCUCCCCAUUGCCUCUCCCACUUCCUCCAUCCGCCCCCUCCACCCCUUGAGCAUGAUGCACAGCAGGGUGUGGCAGAAGGGGCAGCAGAAGGAGGCGAGGAGGUGCAGGCGGAACUCGCCACCUCUCCCAUUCAAUCUGGGGUAUGGUGGCAUGGGGUAUGGUGGCAUGGGGUAUGGUGGCAUGGGGUAUGGUGGCAUGGGGUAUGGUGGCAUGGGGUAUGGUGGCAUGGGGUAUGGUGGCAUGGGGUAUGGUGGCAUGGGGUAUGGUGGAAUGGGGUAUGGUGGCACGGGGUAUGCUGGGCAUGGGGUAUGGUGGCAUGGGGUAUGGUGGCAUGGGGUAUGGUGGCAAGGGGUAUGGUGGCAUGGGGUUUGGUGGCAUGGGGUGUGCUGGGCAUGGGGUGUGCUGGGCAUGGGGUGUGCUGGGCAUGGGGUGUGCUGGGCAUGGGGUGUGCUGGGCAUGGGGUGUGCUGGGCAUGGUCUGCUAGGCAUGGUCUGCUAG